ACGAGGGAGGGAAGGAGGAACUUGGCUCACGGGCAAUACUCGACAUGUAGAGACCGACCGGCUGUGCACGGCCAGCGCGGAGACGAUCGCGCGAGAGAGGAUUUGAGAGAGGAAGAGAAAAAAGAGAAAGAAAGAGAGAGCGAGAGAACGGCAACGAACGGUCCCGAGAGGGACGGGGAAAAGGUUGGUGGGAGGAGAAACUGAGAGAGAGUGAAAGAGAUAGAUCGACCGAGUGUAGGAGAGACACCGAAUGAAACAGAGCGAGAGAGAGAGAGAGAGAAGGAUAGGCAAAUAGAUAGGUGUCGUGUACGUAUGCGUUGCGAGUGACGAGUGUGCCGCCGCGACGUGCAGGUGUGUGCGCGUGUUGCAGGCAGGCCGCCGGCACAAAAAGUGUUGGGCCCAGUGGACUUUUCCAUACCGGAGGAGAGCUGCGUGCAUACGUACAUACGUGCGUACAUCGUGCGUGCGUGCCGUCCGCGCGCGUGUCUGUGUGCGCGAGAGUGCGCGCGCCGCCUUCGCGAUCGCGGACGGACACGCCGGCGAGUUUUCGGCCGAGUACCUGCGAACGAGGACGGACGGAGACCGAUCGACCGACCGACCGAUCGACCGACUCUCCUCUCUUCUCGUGGUCUACGCGGUGACCUCCGCUAAGGGAGAAGAAACGGGCGAAAGCCGCACCGAAGGAUAGCCAACUCGAUUUCAUAGAGUGCGCGCGUCAGGUGCGAGAAGAAGAGAAGGAGAAAGAAAGAAAGAAAGAAACAAAGAGAAGAAGAAGAAGAGGGUUGGAUUACUCCGGGUGAGAGAGACCAGGAAUUUGGACGUCGCAGCGCUGACGUCGAGAGGAUACCUUACGUGGACGGCUUUACCGGGUGGAAACGACCGCAGAAUCGUCGACAGCGAGAAGAGAAGGUAAUAGGAUCGUCCGUCACUGAGGUCUACCUUGCCGGCCGAGAGAGAGAGAGAAGGGGGAGGGAAAGAAGGAGAAAGAUAGAGAUUGUGAGAGAAAGAGCGAGCGAGCCAGCUUGGUACACACGAACUCCGUUCCAACUCUGACUCCUCCGUCGCCACUAACUCGCGGUCGGUAAAGCGUCGAAACGACGGCGGUGGUGAUCCGGCGAGAUACGACUGUGCGCGAACGAACGGCUGGCAGUCGCGGUCUUCUGGUGGACGUGAUAAGGACGAGCGGCGCGAUCCGUUCCGGCGAAUGAAGUGGUCGGUUGUGCGAGGCGCGAGAAGAAGCUGUGAAGGGACGGACAGGAAGAAAGGAAACGAUCAGCGGAUAUUCGAAGGAUGCGGCUUCUCGAUCGAAGAAUUUGGUGCUGCAUUUAGUGCUACGUACUCCAAUCGGGCCAAUAUUCAGAAGACCAAAGAAACUUGAGAAGGAUCUAGGAAGCGAGAUAUUAAAGAAAACAAAAUCUCCGCGGAGGAGAAAGCGAACGUAAAGCAACAACGACGAGAGAAGACACGAGUCCUUGAUCGACAAUCCGGUACUACGUAGACUUAAUUACGGUCGACGGUGCGGGCAAGGCAAGAAGUAGCCAAAAGGAAGAAAGGAAGUAGCCGGAGCGUCCUUGAUGGGCCAUCCGGUGGUACGUGAUCGAGCUGUGUCGCGACCGACAUUGGCUCGGCUCCGUCGCAUCGAGGGAGAUUAGAGGCGACCCACGUUUUACUCACUUCGUUCGGCAGACAACGAACGCCGGCGAAGCCGGGACGGGAGCAACGAAGGAGAGCUGCGGGGGGAGAGCGAAGAGAGGAGAGGAGAGGAGAGGAUCUACUUGCUGAUCAGCGCGAACCCCAGGCGAUAAGCGACUCCCGUCUCGAGUUGACGAGCCGCUGACUCGGCAGACACGGGAGCCGGUUGUUUCAACGCUAUUAGUGCCCAUGAUGACUCCAAUUAUCCGCGAGUGACUUCCACGUUCGCGCGACGAUUUGUCUGCCGUCCGAUCCGAUCGUUUUGCGACCACCCGGUGCGUUCCGUGCUGGUUUCCUUAACGGAAACGAGGACUCUCCCCGACUUCCACGUGUACACGUCGAGAACUGCCGAUUCUGGAUCCUUGCGAGUGGAUGGAGUAAUUGGCAACGUUUUAGAAAUCGGCCAGAAAUGUGCGAUUGAACGCGCCAAGGGAUCCCUCUUCCGAGCGAUCGCACGCAUCGUGGAUCCACCUGGAGUCUCAACUUGAUCUACCAUUAUUAAUCGCUUCGAGGAUAAUCCGGCAGCGUCGUUUCAUCGGAUUAAUUCGUCCGGGACGAAUUUCCAGAUUAACGGACGGGCGAUCGCCUUCCACUCCAUCCGGGAUUACUCCGGGAUCGCGCUCGAUAAGCCACGAGGAUUCCCGUACGCUCGCGCUCGCGCUCGCGCGAGGCUACGCUUGAAAAUCGCUCGGUGUCGUUGCUUGACAAAACCGGUUUCGUUCGGCUCAGCGAAUCUCGGCGUUUAUACAAAGGUCGUGUGUGAGAGCGCGCCGCGCGCGCGACCGCGGGAGAGUAUGUGGUAGGAGUGAGAUUUAUGGAAAACGAAUUUACACGAGGUCACACCCACGGGAGCGGCUGUCUAUCUCUCUCUCUUUUUUUCCCUAUAUCUUCGUUUCUUUUUCUCUCUCUUUCUCUCUCUCUCUCUCUCUCCCUCCCUUGUCUGUCUCCUUGUAACUCACACUCUCUCCCCCAGUUCGUCUAUCAGUUUAUCCACGCAUUUCCUCUAUUAAUAAUAACGACGAAACCGAUACAAUAGAGAAUCGCCGGCCAGAUCACGUUGAAGAAUCCUUGAAGGAAUGAGAUCUCGAUCUCAAGAGAGUGAUAUCGCUCUGAUAUCGACCAACCGAAUAAAUAUGCCACAUUCGUGGCGGCCUUGAAGAAUUUUCUUCGGGUCGACAGUCACCGUGCGCAGGAUCAGCGAAUCCGAUAUCACCGGCAACGAAGCACAAGGGAAUUCAUAGGGCGGCUCAUCAUGCUAGCGACCUUGAGUAUCCAAGUGUCUCCGAUGAUUAAGAAUCGCGAUCGAUCGAGUACGUAACUAUCGGACGGCGAAUCUCGAAGACUUCGAAGGAUGUCGGGGGAUUUGGGUGGUCCACGGGAGGAGCAGGACUCGUCGCCUGAGUCGAACAACAGCAACGCGUCAGUUGCGGAAACAUCAUCAGCGAGGAAAAUUUAGCUGUCUUGCCACGAGCACUUGCUUGAUGAUCGGUCACGGCGACAAUGAAGCGUGCGACGAGCGCAUCCGUUGCGGCCGCCACGGCCGCCGCGACGCAAGUGCAUCACCAGGCGAGGAUCCAGGAGUUGUUCUCUCCCGGGUCAAUGCCGACGAUGACGACGUCGACGACGACAAUGACGAUGACGACGACGUCGACGAACACGAAUACGACGAUCGUCGGUACCUGCACAGACGAACUGGAUAAGCAAAUCACAACGAUAUCCUCCCGGCUCGAGUCAAAAGGCUCACCGAAGAUUAGUCCCGGAACGGGCGAUGACAACAAGGCUAAGUCUACGGUAAUGUCACGAUUAUUAGCCGUCGAUUCCGAUAACUACAUGCUGCGCAAGGCCUCCUCAACGGCGACAACGACGGCUACCAACGGCGCCGUGGCACCGUCGUCUACCACCUCAUCAUCGUCGUCAUCGUCGUCAUCAUCGUUGAAUGGUUCCGCGAACAUUCAACUGCAACGGCAGAUGCAGAGUCUCGCUAUCGGAUCGGCUACCGCGCCGUCGAUCCUCGCAACGUAUGGCAACGGCAAUGACCACGUUGUCGGUCAGCUGUACGACGUCACGCGGGCAACGUCCAGAUCGACGGCGACGUACGUGUCACCCAGGUGGUACACCACCAGUAAUAAUAACCAGGCAACGAGGCAGCAUCGGGAAGGUACUGCGGUGGCAGCGGUGACUGCGACCGCGCAACUCGAGGAGCAAUCCUUGCAGCAGUUGCAGCUGCAAUCGCGUACGACGACGUCAACGCGCGACGACGCGACGACGCCCGCGGCCUCGACAGCGGACGGUAUCGAGAGCGAGCUCGGUUUCACGAGGCCGGUGUGCGCGAGACCGGUGUCCUUUCAUCGAUACAUGUGUUGGUGUAGCGCGCAACAGCAGCUGCAGCUGCAGCAGCCUGCUGUAGCGGAGGGCGUCGACGCGAACUCCUCGAUCGGUCGCGCGAAGGGUGGCAGGGGCUCAGCCACCCACGAAGGGUUGGCAACGAGACGAACUGUGCGCGAUGAUAAUAGUAGUCUAUGUUGCUGCAUGUGCGGUUCUCUAUGUCCUGCAGAGUGCCACGCGUGCUUCCACAUCGUGUGCUCGGACUACAGCGGCCAGCACCUGUGCAAAUGGACUACCAAGGGUCACGCGCUACCGGGCCAGGUUCACGACAAGGACAAGCCUGUCAGUGAGUGGACGUCGCUGAACGUAGUUGAAUGGAUGUCAGCCCUAAAUCUAUACCGCUAUGCGGACGUCUUCAAAUCGAAGGACAUCAAAGGCAGCGAUCUGCCUCAUCUGGAUCGGGAAAAGCUCAUGAAUAUGGGUAUAAAAGAUGAAUUUCAUCAGAAGAACAUUUUGGUGUGCAUCGAGGAACUCUGCAAAACGUUACCACCGCCUCCGGCGAUGGAGACGAUGGGUUCGACGCUCAACACGACGACACCGACACCCGGCGUCGCCGUCGAAUCGGCCUGUUCCCUCGGAGUCAACUACCCGGGCAACAACCUGGCCAAUAACGCGCACAACCUCGUGCCGCACAGCUUCAGCGUGUUGGAGAAGUGCGGCAAAUGCCAUAAAUACCUCAGGGGCCUCUUACACCAGGGCUUCCUCUGUCAAGAUUGCGGGCUGGUCUCUCACAGGACGUGUUCAGCGACGGGUUUACCUUCCAAUUGCAUAUCGGUCGACUCGGACAAUCGUAUCAGCAGGUUUACUUCAGUGUUCGGCCUCGCGCUGUGCUCGCAAUUCGACACCACCAGCCGUGCGGCGCCGAUUCUGGUGGAGCGAUGUACCCGCGCCCUCGAGGAACAGGCGUUCGCCGACACGACACUGCUGCUGUCUGUAUUAUAUCUAUUUAUUUUUUGCGAUGAGCUAAACAUAAAGCAACGUAACAUAAUCUUUUCAGAUGUCUGCAAUGCGGAUUUAAGUCCGUACACUCCCCAAUGUAUCGCCAGUGUCUUGAAAAAGUUUCUACGUGAAUUGCCAGACCCAGUGAUCCCGGUGCAAUGGUACGACAGGUUUCUGGAUGCGUCGAAUAUGAGAAGCGACGAACAAUGCGCGACGCGUCUCAAUCAAUUAGUAGCGGAGCUGCCGGAACAUCAUCGUAGCACAUUGUGCCAUUUGAUGGCACAUUUCUGUCGCAUCUGUCAGUUGCAGCACGGAAGGGGCUACACGGAACCACCGACCAUCCUCGUACAAGUUCUCUGCCAUAUAUUUCUCAGGCCACCCUGGGACCGAAUCAUCCAAGUUGUUCACAACACGGAGGCACACAUACGUAUAAUGGAAUUGCUACUAUUACACGGCGAUUGGAGCGAGAGGCUACCAGAGUUUGCCAGUCCUCCGCAAUUACCGCCACGUAAAGUUUCGAGACCACAGUUUCCGAUUUUGGAUCCAUUCCCGGUUCUUGAAGACGAAGCUGUAGACAAAACGGCACCUGGUGCAGAUACUGGCAAGGACCAACAGCCGCAUAGGCCACGCACACUACAGGAAGCUGAAUGGUAUUGGGGUGAAAUCACGAGGGAUGAUGUAAACGAGAUGAUGAUCGACUCACCGGAUGGCACUUUUCUGGUACGCAAUGCGUCCUCUAAAGGUGGCGAGUACACUCUAACGCUGCGUAAAGGCGGGACCAACAAACUCAUCAAGAUCAGCCAUCGAAACGGAAAAUAUGGAUUUUCGGAUCCCUAUAACUUCCACUCGGUCAUCGAACUGGUCGACUACUACAGGAACUGCUCGCUCGCACAGUAUAAUUCGGUGCUGGACAUUAAGUUGCUUUAUCCAGUGUCGCGAUUUCAACAGGAUGACGAGAUCGCAAAUACGACUGAUAUGGCAAAAGUCAGACAGAAAUAUUUCGAGUUAGAUAAAGAUAUAAAUGAUACAAUCCGGCAGUAUCAACAUUGUUCGGAUUUGUACAGUAAAACGGCCUACGAAGUUCAGUUGAAGCGUAAUGCAUUGGAAGCCUUCACAGAGGCCAUCAAGAUGUUUGAGGAACAGAUAAAGUUGCAAGAAAGGUGCAAGAUAGAAGCCCAGCCUCAUGAGAUUUCUACUUUGACAGACAAUUCGGAACUGUUGAAGCGAAGAUUGAAGGCCUUAGAAGAUAGCAAAGAACAACUGGAUGAGAGUCUGAAACAACAGAUCGCCUACUAUAGGACCCUUGAGAGAGAAAUGUACAAGCUGAAGUCAGAGAUUGGAGUACUUGUGCGGCAAAAGGAUCGCCAUUCUCAAUGGUUAAAGAAAAAUGAGAUAAAGCAAAACAAAGAGGAGGUGGACUUUGCAGUUCAUUCCGAUGAGAAAACGUGGCUGUAUUUGAAGGGUUCUCGUUCUGAUGCUGAUGCUAUUCUAAAGGGCCGGUCCGAUGGUACCUUCCUUGUUCGUCGAUCGAGAACGGGCCAGUACGCACUUUCUAUAGUGUGCAACGAUACGGUACAGCAUUGCAUAAUAUACGCUACCGAGCGCGGUUACGGCUUCGCUGAGCCAUACAACAUUCACGAGACCUUGAAACACCUAGUGCUGCACUAUGCUCAGAAUUCUUUGGAAGAACAUAACGAGUGCCUGACCACCACUCUGGCCUAUCCCGCGUUUGCGCCGCCCGCAGCGCUAGCGCAACUACAGGCCCAGCAGAAGCAGUUGCAGAUUCAUAUUCAGAAUCAAUCGCCGUUCGCGCGACCGCCCCAUGAGAAUCAACUCGUCAUGCCGCAUACAUAAUAUUGGCUUGUCGAGCGUCGCGAUCCGGAUCCGCUCGAGUCUGAGUACGUUCACGCACGCGCGCACACCCACACGUGAGUUCUGCUGCUACAAGCAUCAUUCGCCGACGCGAUCGGCAGAUCGACUGUAUCACGUGAGCCUUCCUUGACGAGUUCGAAUACGUUUCGUUGCGAGACAAAACGUUCCUUCGUUCGGAACGUUUCCUAAAAUCGCGUACAAUAAUUAUGCUUAUUUCACAGUGAGAGGAAAUAAUCUCACGCGAAAUAUCGUGAAAGCACGCAAUGUAAUAUCGGUUGCUUAAUCAUCAUCGAAUGAUAGGUAGGUCGUAAGAUCUCCGAAAAUACGGAGCACUUUGACGAAGUGUAUAAUAGCCGUAACGAUAGUAAUCGUAAGAGAUACUAGCGAUAGAAUUAGAUAUAUACGUGUUAUCGUGAUACGAUAAUGAUCGCUUCGAAGCAGAAGUUCCCAAACGGCGCGUCGCGACAUCCUGAUAAAACGCAAUUUAUAUCCAGAAGAAUGCAGAAGCAAGAA